CGACUGUGAGGUGUUGCGCCGCUGGUGUUAAUGAAGAGACACAACCCUGACGCAGCUAUAGAGGGUCCAACUGCCCCCAUAGAAACACAACCUUCCGAGUCGAAUCUCGCUUUGCCAGCCUCCUUGAGACGAUCGAUCUCUCCUCCGCUCGCCAAUCGACGGCGUCUGAGCCGCAAGUCCCACACUUCCCCGGACCUCACAACACGGCCGACAACCAAAUCGACCACAGCAGCAGUCGAGGCUGGCGAGGUCGAGAUCGGGGAUCAUGUGUCUUUCUUCUCCUCCAAACUUCUCGCGGCGACGCGUCCGCCCGUCGGAGACCAACCGCGCCUCUCCCAUCCGGACUGGCUAGCUCUGUACCACCGAAAUCUCAAUGACAGAGGACACCAUUUCGUUGUUCACCAGCACGACCACCCGAUCGCGGGCACCCACUAUGAUCUGCGAUUGCAAUGCAACGCAACGAGUUCCAUCAGCUUCGCCAUCAUGUACGGCCUUCCGGGUGACCCGAACAGCAGGAGGUUGAACCGCAAUGCCACCGAGACCCGAGUGCAUAACCUGUGGAAUCAUCUCAUCGAGACCGCCUCGCACGACACCGGCACGAUGUUACUCUGGGACACUGGGGAAUACGAGGUGUUGCCCUACAAUUCCGCCUCCGGGAAAGCCAGCGCGACCGACGAUGCUACAGCCACCGAGGGUUCGGACCUGGACAGGGACAGCGACAGCGACUUCCCGUCCAAGGGAAAAGCAGAGUCGGAGCCAUUGAAGCUCCACCGUGCGUUCCAGAAUCGCAAGAUCAAGCUCCGUUUGCACGGUACGCGGCUACCGAGGAACUACACGCUCAGCCUGAGACUUACGCACGACAACAAUCGGAUCGUGCAACCCGACGCGCCGGCCUUUAAGCGACGAAAGAGGAACAACCAAAACUCGACCGGCCAAGCGCGCUCGAAACGGCAACCCGAAAGAUCUGACACGACCGACUCAGACAGGCCAAACUCCCCAGGGGAUGAGAUGUCUUCAGAUUCCGACCUCGACCACCGUAGCGCCAGACGCUCCCCGAAACUCCCUCGCAGCGUCUCCUCUCUGAUGCGCACAGCAUCUCCCCCACGUCCGAGGCGGUCGAACUCGGCCACCCUCGACCCAUACCACGAGCCAACUCCAAUACCGCGGACACCCCACUCCGUCCACGGCGACGACGACAAGGAGGACACCCCUCCCACACUCCGACACCACCACGCCUCCAAACCAGACGCCGGGCGGAAUCUCGACGACGAGGCCUCGAUCCGCCGCACCAACGCCUACCCGGGCGCGACCAACAGCAUCAACUCGAUCCACCAGCGCAGAUGGUUCCUCUCCCUCGACCGCGCCGCCUGCGGCUUCCACCCCACGACCCAGUCCGCCUUUGGGCGCAAGGUGUGGGAGCGUCCGCGCCUGCGCCUGUCCUUGUCCUCGUCCGCAGCAGGGGCGAAGGCUGGAUGUGACGACGACGACGACGACGACGGUGGCGGUGGCGGAGAAGACACCCUGGGCGGCUUCCCCGCCUUUCACGUCCUGGGCAGGGACGUCGAGGUCAGUGUGCUCACCGGCCGCACCGCCGCGGAUGUCGCCCGCGACGAGGGCCUCGUGGGAUACAAGCCGCGCGGAGGCUGGAGGGGUGUCGUCGAGUGAAGCAUACACAGUACCGCCCGAGUACAUAUACACCUAGAUCCACGGGUGGUAACUAGAGCCUUGAUUUUCUAGUCGGCGGUUGGUUCCAGUUCUCGACCUCUCCUUCACUGAAUCACUGCGGUGCGGUGCGAUAUGGUACUGUAGCAGGCCCUGACAUCCACUCACUCGGCACUGGAUGUACCUACAUCGGUAUCUCGUAGUCGCUCGGACAAGGAGAGUCGCGCGCCGGCUGUCAACUUCUCAACAAGUAGCUAGCUACCCGAUAACAGUGGCCCGACACAUCCAGUUACUAGUUACUUAGUUGCUAGGUAUAUAGCUUGGUACAGAUAGAUAGUGGUCCGGAAGCUUCUUGGAUGGCGGACUGCAAGCUGCAGGCUAUCUGUUUACUCUCCUUCCAGAUCACGGCGCA